AUGGCCGCUGAAGGUUUUACGCUCGACGCGUAUUUUGACGCGGGAUUUCUCGAAAAGCGUUCUAACAUGGUGGUUCAACACCCAGAGCAAGCUAUCCCAGACUUUGACGACGUGUUUGAAGGCUUCAACCACGUGUAUGAAGAAUUCGACGACAUCGCAUACGAUUACGAGUCCCCACGCGAUGAGCUCCAAAGAGAACAGACGAGCAGCAAAGACCUACCUGUGUAUUUGAGUGAUCCUUUCUCAGAUGCAGCCUUGCCUGGACCCUUUGCAGGUAGUCAUGCUGAAUACGCCGGAUUUCUCGAGGACAUUAUCCGUGAGAGUAUAUACGCUGUCGAGUGGUUGAUUCACCUAGGUGGCAAGCAUACGCAGCAAUUGCAAGCAGAGCUGCAGAAAUUGAAGGAUGAGAUACGUCAGUUGAAUCAAGACUGGCAAUUACUGUGCCUAUACCCGGACCUCACGAAAGAAAGCUUUGAAUUGUUGCCCGUGAAUCACCAGAAUGGUGAAGACAAGGUCGAAGAAGCAGACAGUAUCGGGGUGAUCCUCGGUGAUACAAGCGUAACGAAGUCGGAAAUUGAAGACAACGACGAGGAAAGUAGUGAUAACAGCUGCGAUUUCGAGUGGGUGGAUGCCCUAGAUUCUUCGAACAGUCACCACAAAAGCGGACAGGCAGACAGCAGCGGGAAAAUCGACAGUGCUCUUAUCCCUCGGGCUGAAGUUCUGACUAUCAAGCAUAACUUAGAGCAUUCGCUUCUCAUCUCUGAUUACGAGCGCCCGUUUUAUUUUCCAGCCAUACUCGCGAGUCCACAGAUUCCGAGUCCGCAAACACUGGUGGCCUCGAUUGAAGAUUUCGAUGCCAUGGAUACUACGGAGGACCCUGUUGUAAUGCAGCCACUCCAAACGCAAGAGCCUGGGGAAUCAUCGGCGGCCUUCAACUAUUUCGUGCAGGAUCUCAAAGCAGCCAUCAUCGAAGUUGAAGAAGAGUGCCGCUACAAUGAUUCCGCUAAAGUCGUCAAAGCCACCCUAGGCGAGAUUGAGCAGGACGUAGAAACGGAUGGAUGCUUUGUAUCAUUUGCUACAGACAUGAUGAAAGCCAUUCAGGCUGUGGAACAACAAUUGAGAGCUCCUGACGCCGAAGCUUAUGGCACUGAUCCUCUGAGUGCCAAAAGUUUUGGCGACGGGGAUUUUGAUAACGAAGCUCUUGACACUGAUGGCCGGAUGGAAUUGUGCGAGCCAGAGACAGAUUGUUUUGAUGGAACUGACAAAAUGGAUAUUGACAAUGACAGCCCGACAGCCCGGCAGCAUAAGUCUAAAUAUGUCAGUACUGUGGAAAAGGCGCUGGACCGAAUCAGCGCGUACACGAUGGUGAUGGUGCAGGUCAACAGUGAGAGCCGCAACCCACGACGCCCUCCUGAAGAAUCUGGACCGUUUGGACGUCGACGAAAUGCUCGCUACGACAGUGCCAGAUCUCGCACUCGCACUGGGACGCCUGCGAAGAAAGAGAAUCCCAGUGUGGCUGAGUUCAGCAGAUUAUUUUCUCAGCAACAAGAAGAAGAACGUACGAGUAACGCUCUCCCCAAGUCGUCGUCUUCUUCCACACUCGAAGGAUCGAGGAAGGGCGGCGUAGAAAAGGUGGCAACUGAGUGCAUACUCUAUGGGUACAAGAACAAGGACACAGAGUGGAAGGUUAUUGAUAAAUACGAACGCAUUUCACAGGGCAUGAUUUGCGAAGAUUACCCUCGAAAUGACCCCGCCGUAUCCAACAAGUACUCUCAACUGCUCAGUGGUGGCGAUGUCGUGAUACGAGCCAACCUCUCCGCGGACGCAAAUCGCAAAUCAAAACGAUAUGCCGGUGGCCACCACUGGAUUAAAGUCACGUUUGACUCCACGACGGCAGCUGACCGUGCUUGCUUUUUCUCUCCACAGGAGAUCGACGGUCACUCAGUUUAUUGCGAGCCGUACCAUGGACAAGGGCCCGCUGCUGGCGACGUUCCCAUACCUAAAGGGUCCGAUGAGGCUAGUCGCACGCGUCCGACGGUGCACCACACCCUCACGUCAUCCCACUCUGCGGCAUUUCUAGGAAACAUGGAGCCUGAAAGGUCGACACUGCCUCGGUCGUUUGGAAUGGGCAAUCUGGCGGCAAUUGGAGACCUCGAUGAAGGCGAUUCCCAGUUCUCGACCGCCACUGCCAGUUCGGCUACUGCAACUGCGACCGCAGUAGAGCAGAGCUCCUCUCUUCGUCAACGAGUUGCGCAGGAACCCAAGUUGGAGCCGAAGCCGGAAUCCGAGUUUAUGACACAUAUUCCUACGGUUCGUCGAGCUGUCCUUCGUCCGAUUAGCGAAGCCCUUCCUCCUCAGCCGACAGUAACAGAGCGCGUUUUACGAUCUAUCCCGAUCCUCAGCUGGUUCACUGGAGAUAUUGUAGGUGAUGGUCCUCAGUUUGGUGAAGACGGAAAGUUCGACUCUCAGAAAUCAACCUUGUAUUGGCGUUUCUGGUACAUGAUCGACCAGGUUCUGGGUACCGACAUUUGUGGUCUAAAGGAAGACUCUUGA